GGGGCAAUCGGGGCAAUAAUGCGCCAGAAACGUGAAUUAGGGGAUUAUACCUAUUGAAUUUAUGUAAAUAUUGAAGGUGAAUUGCCUUCAACAACACGCUCAAAUGUCAAGCUGCAGCUGUCAGGUUGACCAGGAUGAGUGAGACACCCAGUCGAGCGGGAAGUGCCGACACGGAUGAGUUUGUGAUACUCAGUGAGACCUCCGAGAGCGGGCCGCGUCUCAGCGUUCCCGGUCCGGGCGGGCUGCCGCAGCUGCAGAGGACCCUGCUCGAGUGUCUGGGUGACGGUAUGGAGUCGGCCGGCGGCGACACGCUGGCCGGUGGCGACGGACCGGCGUCGGCGGCCUCUCAGGACACGGCGCCGCCGUCAGAGGGGACGGCCAGCCCUCCCUGCUCGCCGGCCGGCCCUGACCGGGCGGAACCCGCCGACACGACAAAACCGGCGCCAGGCUCGCCGGGCAGUGUUGGUGCUACCGAAGGCAGCGCCGGUGAGGACGUGCUGGAGGAUCACUGUACGUUCCACCGCGUACAGUACCUGGGAGCGGCCAGCAUCAACGCUCCGCGCAGCGAGACCGAGAUUCAGCGCAACAUGGCCAUUCUGAAUGCGGAGGAGGCCAGUCGGCAGGCCAUCGCCGUGUCUGUGGCCGUGCCGACCACGCCGCAGGGCAGCGUCAUCCUGUACGACGAGUCUGCCCAGACGGAGAUAGUGUCGUUCCCGGUCUACCGGAUCCUGUUCUGCGCCGUCGGCCCGGCCGGCUCCCAGGAGGAGCACUGUUUCGGCUUCACCUGCAGUCGCGGAGAGGCGCAGGAGUCGGCCAUCUUCCAGUGUCACGUCUUCAAGUGCUCCGCCCCGCGUGCUUCCGGUCGGGUGCUGAGCUGCUUCGCUCGGGCGUUCCGUAAGCAGCCGUCGGGAGUGGCGGGUGGCGAGGACACGGCUCGGCGCCAGCUCAGCUACGACUUCGAGCUGGCCGUGGAGAUACAGGAGGAGGAUGGGAAGGGCACAUACUCGGCGGUGCCCCGCGACAAGGGCGGCUUCAAGCUGCGCUGCCACACGCAGCGGAAGGUGACUGUGUCGGUACGGCAGACCAGCGAGGACCUCCCGCCGCUCAACAUCGAGCGCUGCUUCGGCCUGCUGGUGGCGCCCGGGAAGAACGUCCGCCACGGCGAGAUGACGCUACUGGAAAUGCUGUCGAUGGGUUCUGUUGUCGGGGAGCGGUGCUCGUACGCCGUGGUGGGCCUCUGGGACGCCGGCGAUCCGAACCUGGGCCUGCUCAACCAGGAGACGCCCAAGGACCUGCCCCUGAUGAUGUCCAUCGGUAUCGACCUCGUCAUCGAGGGGAUUCACGAGCCGGUGCGGUUCGUACUCGAGUCCCGGGUCCGAGUGUACCCACAGUCGGAGCGGUUCUGGUACUUCUCGGCCAAGAAACUGCUGCACCGAUUCACUCUCAGUGUGGUCAAUACGGGUCAGCAGCUGGAGUUUGUGAAGCUGGAGAACCAGGGUGAGGUGGAGUCGCCCAGGAGUCUGCUGCCGAACCUCAGCCUCACGGGCCUGCCGGGCAUGCCGGGACGGUCGCCCAGCGUCACCAGCCCCGGAUCGCCCAUCCCGGAGGAUAGCGAUAACGACGACCCACUGCCGUCCGGCACCGGCGAGGUCAGCAAAGACUGCGGCGAGGGCGAGCUGGCCAGCUGGGGAGACGUGCUGGCCAAGUGGCGCUUCAACCUCACCCAGCGACCACGCGGACUCAGCACGCUGGUGAAGCGCGGCGUACCGGAGGCCCUGCGCGGCGAGGUGUGGCAGCUGCUGGCCCGCUGUCACGAGGACCCCGACAUGCUCGACACGUACAGGAUGCUCAUCAACAAGGACAGCAGCUGGGAGGCCGUGAUACAGAAGGACAUCAACCGCACAUUCACUGGGCACGAUUACUUCCGCGAGGCCGGCGGCGUGGGCCAGGACGCGCUGUUUAAAAUGUCCAAGGCGUAUGCUGUGUACGACGCCGAGGUCGGCUACUGCCAGGGCCUGAGCUUCCUAGAGGCGGCGCUGCUGCUUCACAUGCCGGAAGAGCAGGCGUUCUGUGUGCUGGUCCGCAUCAUGUUCCAGUACGGUCUGCGCGAACUGUUCAAGGACGGGUUCGCCAUUCUGCAUCUGCGCUUCUACCAGCUAGACCGGCUGAUGGAGGAGCACAUCCCCGAGCUUUGGGCGCACUUCAGCGAGCUGGGGAUCGAGUCGCACAUGUUCGCCUCGCAGUGGUUCCUGACGCUGUACACGGCCAAGUUUCCGCUCUACGUGGUGUUCCACGUGCUCGACGUGUUCCUUCUGAAGGACAUGGAUUGGGUGUUCCAGGUGGCCAUCGCCCUGCUGCUGCUGUCAAAGAAGGAGCUGCUGGCGCUCGACUUUGAGGGCACUCUGAAGUACUUUCGCGUGUCGCUGCCAAAGCGCUACCGGCACGAGGAGAACGCCCGGCAGCUGGUGAAGACGGCAGUGGCCACUAAAGUGAAGAGACUGCGCAAGUACGAGAAGGAGUACCUCGCUGCCAAAGAGCAGGAGAGGCUGCGAGAGGACCCGGCCGACCGGCUGCAGCGCGAGAACCGGCAGAUGCUGGCCGCCAACCUGCGGCUCGAGCACGAGAACGACGACCUGGCGCUCGAGCUGGUCACCGGCAAAAUCCAGCUGCAGCGAAAACUGGACGUGGCGGAGGAGCAGUGUGAGCGUCUCUCGAAGGACCUGGCCACCUCUCAGACGCGUCUGGCCGACACCGAGGAGGAGAAACGGCGGCUCCUCGAGGAGUCGUGUCAGGUGAAGGAGCUCCUGAAGCGAGAACUGCGUAAGGGCGAGACAGAGCUACAGAGGAAUGUCGCCAUUAUCGCCGACUAUAAACAGAUCUGUAAGCAGCUGAGCGAGCGGCUGGAGCGGGAGCAGCUGGCGGCCAGCUCAGAGAUUCAGCUGCUAAAGGAUAUUGUGAAGUCGUGCGAGGCCUGCAGUCAGCGACUGAGCAGCGAGUCGCUCCGUCCGGUCCAGCACCCGCUGUCCGAUCUGUGUGAGGAACAGGACCCCGUGCGUGCCCGCGACGCCCGCAUCCGUGAGCUGGAGCUGGAGCUGGCCACCACCAAACUCGCACAAGUCGAGGUCGAGUGUAAAAACCAGGAUCUGACACACCAAAUGGGCGCCGCGCUUGCUGAGCUGCAGGCUUCCAAGAGCACAUGGUUCCACAAGACACUCUCCUCUAUAAAGGAAGCGGCCAAGAAGGAGAGUGGCUAGGCCCCCGGGGCCACCACCCACGAACAAUACGCGCGCGCUGGGCUGGGCCGAGAGCGGCUCGGUCAGCCGGUGAUCCUUACUGCAGAUCACCGGCUGACGAGCCCAGUCCUCUCGGAGCGGCCACCAAGUGUCCAGAGCUUUGGCGAAUGUGCAAACAGGGAGGGCUCUUACAUUCCCAUCACUAACCCUGUAUAACUACUUACGUUGCUUUGAGGCUUGUCUGUGAUGGUCAUCCGUAGCUGAUAUUGUGUGUAGCGUGUACCGAAUGUUCCGUUCAUGGCUUGGUUAUUGUGUCAAAUAUGUAUUAUCUCGCGAUGUUGCUGUGCGCAGAAUAUGAAUCAGUGCAUAUAUUCGAGACAUAUAAGUGCGAUAAGUCAGAAGUCACAAUAUAUUACAUUGUGAAAUUC